AUGGGCUGUGUUUAACUCAAAAAACAUAGAAGUAACAAAUACUAACAAGAAUCACUACAAUGCUCUAAUAAAAACAUUGUCAUUGUUAAAAAUCAAAAAAAUACUAAAGAUUGCGCUACAGAUGCUGACCCACAAAUCAUCCGAUCUUUGAGCAACAUAUCUGAUGAGAAAAAGAUUGAAAAAAUCUGCUACUAGGUGGGGUCUUCCAAUUCAAGCAAGUAAACUGGAAUGGGAGAAAAUAGCAAGUAGGAAGAAUGCUGUAAAUCUCAUGUAUCUUUUAAAGCUGCUCCAAAAUAUCCUGUCACACUAGAGUAUGUUUUGGCCAGAAAGAGCUUUGUUGAAAACUAAAACAUUCCUUAAGAACAUCGUCUUAAUAUGUUCCCUGCUCCUAAACUGAAAGGUAUAGAAAAGAGCUCUCUAUAUUACAGAAGAAAGAGCACAGCUGCUGAGAUCAUGAGACACAAGAAAGUAGAUUACAGGGUAGUUCGCACAGGAGCUUAAUCAUAAAAGUUCUGA